AUGCCCGCCCAUCACGUCCUCAUCCUCGGCGGCCACGGCGCCAUCGCGCAGAAGCUCACCCCGCUGCUCCUCCGCCGCGCCUGGACCGUCACCAGCGUCAUCCGCACCGCCGAGCAGGUCCCCGCCGUCCAGCGCCUCGCCGCCGACCUCCCCGGCACCCUGCACGUGCUCGUCCGCAGCAUCGACGCCGUCGCCAGCCAGCAGGCAGCCCAGGAGAUCCUCGACGAGGUCAAGCCCGACUACAUUGCCUGGAGCGCCGGCGCCGGCGGAAAGGGCGGCGCAGAGGCCACGUUCAAGAUCGACCGCGACGCAGCGGUGCACUUCAUCCGCGCCGCCGCCGCAACGCCCUCGGUGCGUCGCCUGCUGCUCGUCUCGUACUCGGGUAGUCGUCGCAAGGCCGCGCCCUGGUGGCAAGCGGCCGAGUGGGCCGAGUACGACGAAAAGGUGAACCGCGGCGUGCUGGCGACGUACCACCAGGCCAAGAUCGUCGCCGACGAAGCGCUCUACGCGGCGACCAGGAGGGGCAGCGGCAGCACGCUGACGGGCAUCUGCCUGAGGCCGGGCACGCUGUCGGAUGGCCCGGCGGGAGGGGUGGAGCUUGGGAAGACGAAGCACGUCAAGGGAAGCGUGCCGAGAGAGACGGUCGCAAAGGUGGCGGACGCGCUGCUGGCGGCGGACGGCGUCCAGAGCGGCUGGCUCGACUUGUUGGAGGGCGAGGAGCCGGUGGACGACGCGGUUGCCAAGGCCGUCAAGGAGGGCGUCGACGCGGCCGAGGGCGAGGCCAUUCAUCAGCAGUGA